AUGGUAAACUCAGUACUUUUCUCGGUCUCGAUGCUGCUACUAGCAUCAAAACUAAUUAUGGCCUUCAAUUGUGCUACACACACGUUUGGUACCUGUGCUGAUGGCAUCGUCCACUGGUACGAUCCCGAUGACGGAUUAGUCUGCGACCUUCUUGAUUGUGGAGGUGGACGAGCACCACCAAAGACGAAUGUACCUGGCUGUGCUGGUUAUAAAGGCACGCUCACUACUCAAGGACCAUCAUACCUCUCGUGUUUUACAAGCAAAAAACUGGUUACUUCCACGAGUGCAUUCGUCACAACGACACAUUCCAGUUCUGUGGCACAUCCCAGUGGUGUGGUUUCUCACACUUCUUCUGCCUUGCCAAAUCCAACAACGACUAGCGGUCCAUCAAGCUCUAGCUCCGAUCACAACUCGAAUGAGCCCUCAAGUAGCUCCAUCAUUCCAUCGGCAACUUCUGUUACACCCACGGGCAGCACAAGCAUAGACAUUUCGAGCACAAGCCCUUCAACUACAUCUCCUCCUACGCUUCCAAUAGCGCCUCAAAAUGGCACGGCGACUUCUGCGAGUCCUUUAACUUCAUCUUCUGCGAGGCCGAAUUCAGGAGAUCGAGUUUCAUAUGAUUCGUUGAAGCUUGUUUUCGGUGGGUUGGUUGGUCUUAUGGCUUUAGCCUAG